CGGCUUUCCAUUGUUCUUCUGGGCCACCAUACUCUGCGUAAUUCACUCCAUAUACUCCUCAUACUUCGUUGUACCAAUGUCUCUCGGUGAAUCGGAUGCGAAGUUCCCGCAGGAAAUCCCUUCACCUGGUCCGCCUGCGAUCCCCCCUUCACCGACACGAGAGAAUCCAGGGCAGGUUUACCCCAAAUCCGACCCAUCACCAGGCCCAGCACGGCACACGCCUCAACACCUGGACGCAACCCACCAAGCCGGUAAUCCAUAUGUCAUGAAGGGCGCUUUGGACAAGCUGCACCACUCGCUCACCGACGUCAUCAACCUCAUCGAGGGCGAAGAGUCGGCCGAGGGUGGCACGAUAGGGGAGGACGCGCUCCUCAACAAGUUCAAGUCAUGGAGAUCAGAGUUGGAAGCCAUCGCCUCGGGCAGUGUGCAGCUUUCGGCGGCGCCGACAGAUACCGUACGCUCGGAGGGGCCUUUGUUCACGGAUUAGAUGCGCUGAAGCUGAGUUGAAGAUGAAGGAACAGCGCAGUCGUGCCCAUCUGUACAGUACUUGUGACAAGCUCGCAUUGAAUGUUGCAUAACUGUAUCUUGUGCGACAGCAUCGAAAGCAAAGCGAAUAAAGUAGGACGAAAUAAGUCCCUUGAGGUGACAUAGGCGAAAGUGCAGGUUCAUCAUGCACUAGCGGUCACAGACCGAGAACGCAGCCGCGGAUCCUGCGUCGUGCUCGAGCCUCCUAUCGGUGAGGGUAUCGACAGCCCAUCGCUCGUCCCGUCCUUCAUCACGACGUCCGGGGGUGCGGCGUCGGGCAUCGCUGAUCGUUCGCUGCCGUCCACGUCCAUAGCGGAUUUUGGCUCCUCGUCAACGUCCAUUCGCCCGCCCUUCCCAUCGUCGGGGAUGCCGUCGC